AUGGCUGCUAAAGCUUCAUCCAGAUUAACUCAGGUCCACUGUUUGCGUAUUCGUCGUGAUGACGAAUGUUCCACCUUACGUCAUAGACCGGGUACGACCACGACGAAAUUCAUGACCAGAUUCUCGACAUCAAAUACGGCUUGUCCUCUCCGAGUUGGCUUUCGAGGUAAUUUCAAACAAGUCCUACCAUUCAGGAGGAAAAUCCAAACAAAACUUCCAAACAUGAAGCAGUACACGGCCGAAGAGCUCUUUCCCUCGCAUUCCGCGCUCGGCGAGUCGCCGCUCUACGACGCGGCUUCAGAUAGUCUCUUCUUUGUGGACAUCAAGCACCAUUUGGUGCACUGGGUGCCAUUGUCCAUAGGCUGGGAUGCCAAGCGGACCUAUACCUUUAUGGAACCGAUUACCAGGCUGGAUCUGGUCCAAGGCCGGAUCGACCUGCUCGCAGUACAAACAAGGCUGGGCUUUGCUCUGCUAGACCUGUCUACAGGCGUGCUGAAGCGCAUCGCCAGCGUGCGACACCAGGGCGAGGACGGCCCCGAGCUAGACGACAAGGUGCGGAUGAAUGACGGGGCCAUUGACGCCCGCGGUCGGUGGUGGGCUGGCACCAUGGCCCAAGACGAAGAGAGCCGGAUCGGCCGGCUAUGGUGUCUCGAGAAUGGCGAGGUCAAGGAGUUCCCCAUUGAAGACGAAAAGGGCUGCGCCGUGCUCAAUGGUCCCGUUUGGUCACCAGAUGACAAGACCAUGUAUGUGCCUCAUACGCCGCAAGGUAAAAUUUGGCAGUAUGAUUACGAUGUCAAGACGGGGAGUGCCUUGAAUAGACGCCUGUUUGCCCAUCUCGAGAACGGCGGUAUGCCAGAUGGGUUGGCUGUGGACAAAGAUGGAUAUAUAUGGACCGCGGCAAACUCCAAGGGGAAGCUCGUCAGGUUUUCUCCGGAGGGAACGGCAGUGGCCGAGGUUGAGGUGCCAGGAGCGAAAAUGUGCUCCUGUCCAGCAUUUGGAUCGCCAGAUAUGAAGACGCUGUUUAUCACGUCAAUUGCAGAUGAUGGUUCUUCUGGACAUGUAUAUCAAGUUAGGGUCGACGUUGGGGGAAUUGCCAGGCAUAAGUAUCGUCUGGCUUGA